GGUUGUGUUUUGGAUAAGAAUAUUCAAGAAAUGCUGAAAUACGUAAAUCGCUUAGUAACGAGAACUGUUUUAGAAUCCAGAACUUUAAAAACAAUACCUACAUCCCUUAAAGCAAAAUAUAUUCAAACAAAUGUACCAUUACAAAAAUAUGAUCCUAAGGAUUUUGUUCCAAUUUAUCAUUUUCCCUACAUAAGAGCUACAACAAUUGUAAAUCGCUUAAAGGUCUAUCAACUGGCAGCUACUGGUCUUACUAUUCCAGGCAUAGCAAUGUUUUCCGGACUAUUUGGCAUUUCUAUGGACAUAGUUCAAACUAGUGGUACUAUAGCAUUAUCUCUACUAGCUUUUAUAAGUAGUCUGGGUUUUCUGACAAAAAAUAUUGUAGGAUAUAUUUAUUAUAAUGAAAAAAACAAUACUGUAAAAAUUUCAUAUGCAAAUACAUGGGGUAACAGAAUUGAUGUGGAAUUACUGGCAGAUGAUAUUAUCCCUUUAAAUGAUUUACCAAAAUCUGUGUUGCAUGAACUAUACCUGCCAAUAAAAAGAUACUCAACCAAAGAUACCUUAAAAUUAAAUAUGACAUAUGGUACCAUUUUAAAUGAAGAAUUGUUCAAAAGGAUCAUGUAAAUAUAGUAAAUUAUAAAUUAUUAAAAGGUGAUAAUCA